GAAUCCUUCCUGGACCUGAUCUGAGUUGGACGACGAUGCUUCGCAACAUAAGUUCUGAGGAACGAUGGGCUCUUGUGUCUGGUCUUCAAGCUGCUCAAUCGUAUCAGUUCCGAGUCAGUGCAGUCAACGCGGUUGGGGAAGGAGUUCGGUCUGGACCUUCGAAUGCUGUUACACUUCCUCCGGAACCACCUUCCGGACCUCCUGAGAGCCUGGUUGGUUCCGCACGGUCAGACACAUCGAUAAUGAUCCAGUGGCAGCCACCGGCGGAAAAUGCGCAAAACGGCAGAAUUUUCGGGUACUUGGUGCGUUAUCGCUUGUACGGUUACGGCCAUUCCCCUUGGUCAUACCGGAACAUCACAAAUGAAGCACAGCGGAAUUAUCUGCUUCAAGAUUUGAUCACGUUCAAGGAUUACGAAAUCGGUAUCGCUGCGUAUAACAGGAAAGGCGUUGGAGUUUUCUCCGAUUCCAUACGAGUGCAAACCAAAGAAGGAGUUCCGGAAGCAAUCCCCACGGACGUCGAAGCCUUUUCGCUGAAUUCUACCGCAGUUCAAGUCACUUGGACGCCGCCUGAUCCGCAGAAAAUCAAUGGAAUCAACCAAGGAUACAAGAUAUUUGCUUGGAAAGGUGAUCCGAGGGACAAACAUGUGUUUUCGAAAGGCCCAUCUCUCAGCGAAACGGUUGCCCCCUCUUACUUGAACCCCAUGGAACCUCAGACUGAUGUCAUCAGUGGAUUGGACAAGUACACUGAGUACCAUGUCACGGUCUUGUGUUUCACCAAUCCUGGUGAUGGUCCUCUGAGUCAACCUGUACUUGUCAGGACCCUGCAAGAUGUUCCGGAUGCUGUGUCAGAGUUUGCCUUUGAAAACGUGACGGAUCGUGAGGUUGUGGUCUGGUGGAAACCGCCGGAGAAACCGAACGGCGUUCUGAUGGGAUACACGCUUACCCACAUGAUCAAGGACGUGCCAACUUCUGCUAUCGUCACGAACUUCACUGCAGACGUGACGAAUGCGCAGAUCACGGAUCUGAAAGCGCUGACGCACUACAAAUUUGAAAUCGUGGCCUGGACGGCGAUUGGCGUGGGCGAAAGCAGAGUAGCAGUAAUGCAGAGUGGAGUUGAACCAGUUCUGCCGGAACCGCCUACAAAAUUGGGCGUUUCUAACAUUCAAGCAUUCUCUGUUGUCCUUCAGUUCACACCCGGGUUUGACGGAAAUUCUUCCAUCAGCAAAUGGACAGCUCAGAAAGGUUUGGGGUCGACCUGGGAGCCGGUUUUCGAACUGAAGCAGAAUCCGAAUGCGAGGUCUCUCACAGUGGAAAAUCUCGUGCCGUUCAUGAAUUAUCGCCUUCGAAUCGUAGCAAAUAAUGUUGUGGGUCCUUCGAGACCCUCUGAACCCUCACAGCCAUUCCAGACGAUCCAGGCUCCACCCAAGCACGCGCCCAGGAACGUGACUGUUCGUGCAGUUUCUGCUACAGAACUUCGUGUUCGUUGGAUUCCCCUUCAACAAAUCGAGUGGUACGGAGCUCCUCGAGGUUAUAAUAUCACGUAUCGACGUCUCAGCUUGCGACCGACUUCUGCAUACGAUGACGUAAACAGAGGAAAUGACUUACGUGACAUGGGUUUGGAAAUGACUAUUCGUCCCGGAAGUUAUGAUGAUGACGAUCAGGACGAUUGGUGGCUUCACGGUGUCAAGACGGAACACGUCAUCGUUCAAGACCAGGCUGCGAAUUCCUUCGUUCUCACCGGUUUGAAGGAAUUUUCGCACUACGAGGUCAUUGUUCGUGCUUUCAACGAUGUUGGAUCCUCGGAACCGAGUUCGUCUUCGAGAGAUCAAACGAGAGAAUCAGUGCCCAACAGUGGACCUCGGAAGGUGGAAGCCAAGGCUACUUCAUCUACUACAAUUGUUGUCUCUUGGACCCCAAUUGAACCGGAGAAUGAGAAUGGAAUUAUUCUUGGAUACAAAGUUUACUAUGGAUCGAAGACAGUUCCGUUUCGGUACGAGGACAUCCACGAUAACGGAACAUUCGUCACUACGUUAACCGAACUUCGCAAGUACACGACGUACCACAUUCAGGUUCUCGGUUACACCCGAGUCGGCGAUGGAGCCCUUUCAGGUCCUCCUGUGCAACUACGUACGUUCGAAGACCUACCGGGCGAACCCUCGAAUGUUUCCUUUCCGGACGUGUCUCUUUCGAUGGCGAGAAUCAUUUGGGACGUUCCGGCGGAACCUAAUGGAGAAAUUCUUGCCUAUCGGGUCACGUAUUUCCAACACAAGCAACCCGAAUCCACAAACAUCACGCAAGAAUUAUCCAGUACUGCGAGGACGCUGCGUGCGACGGAUUUGCGACCCGAGACUUAUUACAUGUUCGCGGUCACGGCGAAAACCAAUUUGGGCUGGGGUGCGACUGCGCACGCGUUGGUUUAUAUGACGAAUAACAGGGAGAGUCCUCAAGCACCGAGUCAACCUCAAACGAGUCCUUCACAAGUUCAAAGUAGAUCCAUUACUUUCUCUUGGACUCCAGGACGUGAUGGAUUUGCUCCCUUAAGGUAUUAUCGAAUCGAAUUUGCGGAGGAUUCGACUGGACCCUGGCAAAGUAUUGCGAAGCGCGUGAAUCCCAUGCUGACGACUUAUACUUGCGAGGAACUGAAGCCAUUCACUUCGUAUCGGUUCCGGAUCCGUGCCUUCAACGACAUCGGCCCUUCACCGUGGUCAAAGUCGUCGAAUUUGACUCAGACUUUGCCUGAUGCCCCUGAAAGAUCCGUAGAAGCCGUGCGAGUGAUUCCCAUAACGAGAACUUCAGUCCGGAUCGAAUGGUCUCCUCUGGCGAAAAGUGAUUGGAACGGAGAUUUGAAAUCUGGAGGUUACAGAAUUCUCUAUCGACAAGUCAACCAUUUUCCUUCGAUCUCGCACAAUGUGCAACAGGAGGAAAUCCACGACAUCGAGAGGUCCAGGUCCUCCUCAGUGGAAAGCUUGUCCAAGGCUUUCGCUGAGGCGGACAAAAUGGUGCUGAAUGAUUUGAUCAGAGACAGGAAUUACGAAAUGCAAGUCCUCGGCUUCAACGCUCAGGGAGCUGGUCCAGCGUCGAGUCCACUAACAGUGUGGGUCGGUGAAGCCGUGCCGACAGGCGAACCUCGACACGUUACUGCAGUUGCGACAUCGCCGCAUCAAGUGUCGCUCACAUGGCUCGCCCCUCGAGAAAAUCAGCAGAAUGGGGAUUUGUUGGGCUACAAGAUUUUCUACAAAAACGAGGACAAGCCGGAUCACGAAGAAGAAGUGGAAGUUGUGCCUGCUGCUACCACUGCGCAUAUGUUGCUUUUCAUGGACACGUAUACGACGUACACGAUUCAUAUCUUGGCGUUUAAUGCGGCUGGAGACGGACCUAGGUCUUUGCCGGUUUCCGUGAAAACGCAACAGAGAUACGUUAUGCGACGGUUGCAAGAAACAAAGCUUUAUGAAGCGUCCCAUUUUGUUCGGUUACUGUGCAGUAAAUCAAUUUUAGACGAAGACAAAUCGAUGACGUGCAUUUUUAAAAAGUUGUCGAAUUUGAGUUGUUUCAAUGAGCGCCUGCUGAUGAUGACGAUGUUUUUGGUUUUUCAGGGUUUGCCAGGGCCUCCAGGACCUUUGCUGUUUUCAGAAAUUACGAUGACGUCUGUUCAAGUGAGCUGGAAUCCGCCGGAGAAGCCGAACGGAGAAAUACAAUAUUAUUCUGUGAUCUACAAAACUGCGGAACCGAAUGACAAUUUCUCGAAGGAGGUCAAGCAAAGGGUUCAAGAGCCGUAUUGGUUAGUAACCGAUCUUGACGAAGGCAUUGCGUACACGUUCACUGUCCGGGCAUUCACGAUUGGAGACGGGCCACCGUCUGAAGCAAACAUCACUACUGGCCCGCAAGACGGAAGUCCGUCUGCAAUUGAGAACCUAUCUGUGAGAGAAACGCUGAGUGCAUUUUCGCUAAGCUGGACCAACGGGAGAUCAGGGCGAGGACCGAUUCUCGGUUAUCUAAUUCAAGCCAAACGGAAAGGUGAUCAUCAAUGGGAGACGGUUAGUCGAACGACGCAAGGACCCGUGGAAUCGUACAGUAUUCCCUAUGGGAAUUUACAACCCGCAAGCUGGUAUUGGUUCAGAGUGAUGUCUUACAACGCAUUCGGCGUUUCACCUGCUGCGACGAUGAGCAACCCUCUUGCUACUCCUGCAAAGGCAUACGGUUUUACUGCUCAACCUCCGUUUUAUCGUCGGCCGGAAUUCUUGGUAGUCGUUGCUGCUGGCGGAGUUGUGUUGUUGAUAACGGUUAUUGCCGUUCUCUGCGUCAAGAGCAAAACUUACAAGUACAAGGGUGAGUUAGGCUUCAGUGGAUUUGAUCUUGAUUUGGCUGAAGAAGCGAAUAAGACGCACGAUGAAUCUCUCAGUAUGGACGGUGGCGAAUCCGGUUUUGGAUCCCUCGGUGGGAUGCGGCAAUCUCGUCGCAAGAAUUCGAUAAGUAAAAUGCGUGCUUCGAUUGUCCGCCAUGGACAGAGCUUGUCGGGUACGUUGGGCAGUGUGCGGAACGGAAUGGGUAGUCUGCGAAGGCCGGGAACUUCUCAGGCGCCACUCGGGAAACUGCCGCCUCGUCCGCGUCCAGCGUCUGUCACGUACAGCGACGAUGACAGCUCGUCGGUGAAGGGCUACGAUCCGAACCCGGAUGACGAGGAGUCGGAGUUGACUGAGAAGCCUUCCGAGCUGAGCACGACUGAUUCUCAGGCAACCGAAAGUGAUGGUGAAAGCGAGAACUCUCACCCGCACUCGUUCGUGAACCACUACGCCAACGUGAACGACACUCUGAGGCAAACGUGGAAGCGAGAAGCCCGACCGGCGCCUCCACCGCCGCCACCUUCAGCAGUAGCAACUGCUGCUGGCCCCGGAGUCGCCGGCCCCAGCGGCAUUAAUCAGCCGUCCACCAGCAGCGCAGCCAUGCAACAUCACGUUUUGCCACCUUAUCAGCCUGGACCUUCCAACUACCACUUGCAUCAACACACGAGCCCACGCCCUCCGAGUGGCGCGAACACUAUUCAAUCGCAACCGGAUCCGUAUUCCUUGCAUCCUCCGCAUCAGCAUCACGUCCAGCAGCAGCAGCAACAACAGCAGCAGCAGCAGCCUCAGCAGCUGUAUCACCACCAGCACCCUUCAGUGAUUGGGCCACCGUCCACUACUGCACCCGCUCAGCUGAAUCCGGCCACGUUGCGGGCACACACGCGGGCAAUGGGCCAGAAUCAGCUGCAUGGGCCUCCGCGGAAUUAUUCGAGUUUUACGGAGUCGGAGCAAGAGGGCUCCACAGUCAUGUCGCUCAACGGGGGGCAGAUUGUUCUGAACAAUAUGGCCGGAUCUCGAGCCCCACUGCCCGGGUUUUCGUCGUUUGUUUGAUCAAAAGUCUGUUCUCGAGAGUUUUCAUGCCAAGCGAGACCUGGUUUCUUUAUAUGUUCGACUGGUGGUGAAUUUUUUUUAAUGAGGAUCUCAGGAAAGAAUUGCAGAACGAUGUGAGUUCUGACGGCCGGCACCAUCACUUUUGAUAGCGAUUUCCAAACUGUUCUUGCAUGGAGAAUUAUGUAGUGAAAGGUGUCAUUUUCAUGUUGCGAUUCCGUGGAAAGUGGAGAACAACUUCGUCGUAUUGUCCCUAAAUCCGUCAACCACUUGAUACUUGAUUGCUAAGAAUUUCGCGCGUUGAGGAGCCCAUUGAAUGCAGCUUUUUGUUACGAUCGACUUUCAUGUUCCCGGAGUUGGUGCAUUUCAACAUCAAAAUUUUAAUCGGAGAUCUUAGAGCUGGACAUCGGCAUCUUACAGUGAAGACCGUGGUUUCUUUGAUAAUGACGAAAGCAAAAUCAUUUCAUACAUCUCAAGGGGAUUCCCUGCAAGACUGUGUUCAAGAUUUUGAUGGUGGAUUGAUUUGAAUUGAUUGAUUUUUUUUUACGGGACAGACCCGUCAAUGGACUGAAAAGACUCUUAUACAAUAGGCGUUUCUGCUGUGAUACCUUGCGUCAUGCGUGUGUAGAAAGCAGCUAUUUCCAUUAUGUCUGAUUCGAUUUUCGUUCUUUGAUAAACUGUGAUAAGUUGAAUUAAGACGUAUCUCCAAAACUACCGAUGAGGGUAAUUGGUAGGACGUGAGUGGAUGAUUCAUUUGUGUGAAUUUUUUUUUAUUCAUAGACGCUUUUCUGGAUGUUAGGAAGUUUUGAGUAGUUUUUAUUUCGAUUUCAGUGUUGUGUCUGCGUGUGGGCGUAUCGUUUUUAUUCGUUUUCCGAUGAUGUGAAAUGUUACUAGUAGUGUUGGAAGCGUUUGUUUGGUCAUGGGCAGGUGCCAAUACAGCUUGUUAUACAUAUA